AUUUCCGUUUUUUUUAGGUAGAGCGUGUUAAAGAUGGCGGCGCAGAGUGAUCUGUAUAAAUGCGUUUAUUCGUUCCUGGUGGAAAAUAAGUUCACUAAAGCGGCGCAGCAGUUCCUGAAACAGACCAAAGUGGUAAGGGGUUCAGUGUUUGUUUUCCGGAGGGAGUGGACCGGACUGUCCGGGUCUAGGUGUUCUGACGUAGAGAAGCUCACCUUAUAGGUUAGCCCGCGUGCAGAGAGCCCCCCUGUAAGAGUGCACGUGCAGGAGAGGGUGCACGUGUCUUAGUACUCAAACGUUUAACCUUAAAUAAAUACAUUUAGUCUUAAAGGGAUGAUAAUUAACCUUUAAAGAUUUAUUGACUGCGUUUUUUUUAAAUUUAAUAAAUUUGUUUGUUUUUUAUCUCCAGACUCCACAGGAUGAAAAUGAAGAAAGUUUGGUGAACAUCUACAACUUCUGGGUUAAGUAAGUUUUCUUUAAUUCCUCAAAGCUGAUAUUUUACUUCAUUCUUGCACAUGUUAAACAUGAAAAACUAGACAACUUAAACAGUUAAACUAAUGUAGUCGAACUCAUCAGUUUCAUAAAUUCUACUUUCUGGAAGCUUCUACUGUCUCAGUUCUUGUUGUCAUGAUCAAACAGGUCAUAAUUGAUCUUUAAAUCAGUUGUUAAGUCGUUCUGGGUGUUGGAGGUGAACUGGAAUGUGUUUUAUUGUAAAAAGUGUUCCUAUUAUUUUGUCCACUUCACUAAGAAAACAUGAGCAGACCAAAAUAAUUGGAACACCUUCCUAUAAAACACUCCAAAACAGUUUUAACCUUUAGUUUUAAAGGGAUAUUCUGGCGUAAAAUUAAUUUAGGGUCAAAAACACCGUAACACCGAGUUAGACCCCCCCCUCCAGAGAUGAAUGUUACAGAUCGCUUCCUUCUGUAGUCAUACCAACUUUAGUAACAACACAAACCUCAACCAAAACGCCACUCUAUAGCCACAAAUAAUGCUCAGAACAGCACCUAACUUCAUCAACAGGACAUAUAGGGUCACAGACAUAGUACUAGACACCAAACAUCUUUUUAACUUUGACUCAUUUCUUUAGCAGAGAGACUAAACACAACUCACCUACUCUCUUCCAGCAGACGCUUGUUUGUAGCGAGACCUCAGGCCAGUCCAUUACAGACUACAGUGGGGUGCCGCAGCUCAAGGAAGAACAUUUAUGAUCAUUUCUUCAUGGAAAUACAAUCAGACCGAGACGCUAAGACAGAAGAACUACCGCGUCUGCGGAGAAAACUGAUUAAUAUGAUGAUUAUUACCUCAAGGAAAUGAUAAAGAAAUGAUCGUAAAUGUUCUUCCUUGAGCUGUGACACCCCGAUGUGGUCAUCUGUUGAGCCUUCAUGGUCAUUUCUGUCGGGGGUAGCACUCAUUUUCUUUGUUUCUCACCAACAGUGCUGUCGGCUUCACCUGUUAAAGUGCUAUGGUUGGGUGGAGCUGCUGUCUGCUACGACGCAGUUUUUUGAUACUUGGUUCUAAUUCAGAACAUGAUUGGUUCAGCGCAAAGCGGACCCGGAGCAACUCCUCUUUUCAUUGGCUAUUCGUAUAGUCUAUCAAAACAUGGCAGAAGGCCGGCUAUCGAUAUCGAGGGAAAUUAAUUGUUGAUUUAUAUCGCUAUCCUUUUAUCGUCCAGCUCUAGCGACAGUUAAAUGUACCUCUGUUUAUAAAUCUGUCUCCAUGAUCUAUUCAGACCGAUCUCCAAAAAUAUUUAAACUUCUGAAACAGUUUGAUAGAUUAGCUACUUUAACCUGCUCUACAUGUCAUCUUAAAUAGAAUAAUUCUCAGGUUACAUAACUCUCUCUCUCUCCAGGUCACCUGAGGCCAGGAAGCGUAAGGCCCCUCCCGCCGACACAGCUGACGCCACAAAAGGUCCGUCAGCCAAGAAAGCAAAACCGAGCGCAGACAGUUCCAGCAGCGAGGAGUCGAGCAGCGAGGAUGAAAAAGCAGGAGCGGCUAAAGCAGCUCCAGCAGGUGAUAAAAAAACACGCCUGUAAAACUAACCAGAGCAAGAUCACCUGAUCCAACACGACUCUAUGUUUGCGAGCAGAAACAUGAAGCAUGAACAAAUAUCAAAAGUCUGAACACCUUUUUUAAAUCUCCAUGUCUGUUUCAGCAGCGAAGGCGGUGCCGGCCAAAAAAGCAGCAGCAGCUGCUAAAGCUGAAUCCAGCAGCAGCGACUCCAGCGACUCUGAGGAGGAGAAAGUUCCUGCAAAGACUCCUGUGAAGGUUAGAAAGAUCGUCCACACCAAGAGUCUCUCCAGAUCCACUCAUUUAGGGUGAAGUUGAGCUGUUUUGAUGACUGUUAAAAAGUCUCCUGUGUUCGCAGACUCCUGUGAAGGCAGCAGCUGCUGCUCCUGCUGCUGCGAGGAAGAAGGACAGCAGCUCCAGCAGCGAAGAGUCCGACUCAGAAGACGAGCCGCCCGUUAAAGCUGCAGCAGCGAGUGAGUCUGCAGACAGAGGCGUCUUUCACAUUAAUGAAGCUGACAUUAUACUGAAGUGUUUUAUUAAAAUGACCCGUUUUUAUGUCUGAAUGUCAGAACCUAAAGCAGCUCCAAAAGCAGCUGUUCCUGCUAAAGCUGCAGUUCCGAAAAAGCCGGAGAGCAGCAGCGACGAUUCUUCAGACUCUGAGGAUGAAGAACCAGCGAAAGUAAGUCGAACAGUGGAGUCAGGUUUCUUUAUUUUACAGGUUUUCAUGUCUGUGUUUGAAAAGUCAGGAUGAUUUAGAGAUGGACAGUUAAACAGAGAGUCGCAGGUUUGGGACUUCAUGUUUCUUCCUCAUUAAAGGCUCCAGUGAAGCCGACCCCGGUCAAACCUGCUGCGGUCAAACCUGCUGCGGCUGCAGAGUCGAGCAGCGAAGACUCUUCAUCUGAAGACGAGGCUCCGCCCAGCAAGAAACCCAAAGCAGGUGUGUUCUCACCUUCAUUUCCUGUUUUAACGGUAAACGCUUCCCUGUUCAUGCCGCUGCUGCAUCCUCACACUCCACCAUGCUUCAUGUCCGUGUGAUAAAUCUGAGCUGAUGGAUGAUUGUGAUGAUUCUCUGCGUCCUGACAGGAGCGUACAGCGCCGUCCCUCCUCCUGCCUCGGUGCAGAAAGCUGCAGCCGCUCCUGCAGCCAGUAAAGCGAAAGACAGCAGCUCCUCCGACGACAGCAGCGAUGACAGCAGUGAUGAAGAGGAGAAGAAGAAAGCAGCUGGUGAGGAGUCCUCUCUGUUCUUUGUAUGAAGAGUCAGCGAUUUCAGACGCUUUUCUAACAGCCGUGUUUUCCUCGCAGCCAAACCCACACCGGCUAAAACCCCUGCAGCCAAACCUGCUGCAGCCAAACCUGCUGCGAAGAAGGCGGAGUCCAGCUCUGACAGCUCAGGUAACGAUCACAGCAAGUCGUUUUCCUUUCAGUGAUAUCAGACGAGUGCAAACUGGCCCAGAUAAUCUUCAUCCUCAUGUUUAUCCAGAUUCAAGCUCAGAUGAAGAGGAGGCAAAGAAACCUGCAACCAAAGUAACCCCAGCAAAACCCGCUCCAGCCAAGACCGCAGCCCCCAAAAAAGACUCUGACUCCGACUCCUCAAGUUCAGAGGAUGAAGAGGAGGAGAAGAAACCUGCAGCGAAGGUGACUCCUGCUAAACCUGCAGCAAAGGUGACUCCUGCUAAACCUGCUGCAGCUAAACCUGCUGCAGCUGAGGAAGACAGCUCUGAUGAUUCCAGCUCAGAGGAGGACGAGGAGGCGACAAAGAAGCCCCCGGCUAAACCUGCAGCUGCCAAGACCCCACCUGCUAAGAAAGCCGAGUCAUCCAGCUCAGGUAAGAGGAGCAGAUCUUCUGCAUGAGAUCCAACAUUAAACAGAGAUUUCCUGUUAUUCCUUCAGUUAAUUCUGAUCAUAAUCAGACUGAUGAAGUUCCUCAGACAGACUCUUCUUAUAUUUCUUCUCUGACCCGGUUCAGCUGCAUGAACUCAAUAACCUGACAGCUGCUGGAGCUGUUUUGAGUCACAGAAUUUUCACCAUCAUGUUUUUGCUCCUCAGAUUCAGACAGCAGCUCUGAGGAUGAAGCUCCUGCUAAACCUGCUGUAAAACCUGCAGCUGCACCAAAACCUGCUGCAGCUGCCAAACCUGCAGCCAAAGCAGCAGAGAGCAGCUCUGAGGAGGAUUCUUCUGACGAAGAGGAGGAACCAGUGAAGGCCAAGACACCGACUAAACCAUCGACUCCAGCUGCUAAGACCACGACCCCUGUGACGAAACCUGCAGCCAAAGCAGAGAGCAGCUCAGACUCUGACUCCUCCUCUGAAGAUGAACAACCUGCAAAAGCAAAACCUGCAACUCCUGCAGCGAAGCCCGCUACUCCUGCAGCGAAACCAGCUACUCCUGCAACAAAGCCUGCUGCUGCUGCAGCUGAGAGCAGCUCGGACUCUGACUCCUCAUCUGAAGAUGAACAACCUGCAAAAGCAAAACUAGCUACUCCUGCAACAAAGCCUGCUGCUGCUGCAGCUGAGAGCAGCUCUGACUCUGACUCCUCAUCAGACGAGGAGGAACCAGUCAAAGCUAAACCUGCAGCAGCUAAAGCGACCACACCAUCCAAGCCUGCUCCUCCUGCAGCCAAACCUGCUGCAGCGGAGAGCAGCUCGGACUCAGACAGCUCUGAGGAAGAGGAGGAGGCAGCCAAACCUGCAGCCAAGAAGCAAACACCUGCAGCACCUGCUGCAAAGAAACCUGCUCCUGCUGCUGCAAAGAAACCUGCAGACAGCAGCGAGGACAGUUCCAGUGAAGAGGAGGAGGAGGAGGAACCAAAGAAGGCAGCAACGCCUGCAGCCACAAAACCAGCCGCAGCAAAGAAAGCCGAGGAGAGCAGUUCAGAGUCGGACAGCUCCGAUUCAGAGACUGAAGCUAAAGCGACGCCUGCGAAGCCCGCAGUAACAAACGGCAAAGCAGCGACCCCUAAAGCAGCGACGCCUAAAGCAGCGACGCCUAAAGCAGCCACACCGGCAGCCAAGAAGGCAGCGGAGUCUUCAUCCAGUGACAGCAGCUCGGAGGAGGAGGAGGAGGAGGCUCCUAAAAGUGCAGCCAAACCUGCAACACCUGCAGCUAAACCUGCAACACCUGCAGCCAAAGCUAAAGAGAGCAGCAGCUCGUCCGACAGUUCUUCUUCAGAGGAGGAAGAGGAGGCUCCACGCAAAGCAGCCACAGCGCCAACCACUCCUGUAACAAACGGUACGUCUCUGACAAACACUGAACACACGCCGUUACCCAGAAUUCCUUCAACCUAAAGUUACCUGAGAAAUCUGAGGUUUAUGUUUCCUUCUCCCUCGUUUCUGCAGGUACCGGAGGAAAGAGGAAAAAAGACGAAGAGUCGUCAGAAAGUGAAGAAGAGGAGGAGGAGGAGAAGAAGACGCCGAACAACAAAAAAGCUAAAACCACACCGCAGACCUUUCCUAAAACUAAGAAGGUGAGUCCUCCUGCAGACCCGUCCUGGUCCUCUUAACGGUCUGUCUGAUGAAGGUUCAGUUAGAAGGACUCGUGAUGAUGAUGAUGAAGAUGACCUUUGUCUUUCAGUCUGUCAAUGUACCGUUCAGGAGAAUCAGAGAAGAAGACGUGGAGGUGGACCCCCGUCUGACCAACAACUCUUUUGAAGCGAAGGUGAGUCCGGUCACGUCAGCGAGUCUCUGGAGCCACAAAGUUUGAUCGUUUAAUGACGAUUAAAUUUGAAUGAGUUUAAUCGUGUUUCUACGAUGUUCGUCAUUUGAACCCCGUUUGUUUUCCGUGUUCCAGUUCGGGGCUCAGGGGGACUGGGGGGAGAAAGCCAACGACGUCCUCAAGUUCACCAAAGGGAAAUCGUUCCGUCACGAGAAGACGAAGAAGAAGAGAGGAAGUUACCGCGGCGGCGCCAUCUCUACGACCGUCAACUCCAUCAAGUUUGACAGUGACUGAGGACUCGCUCUGACCCCCCUGACCUGGACUCUGCUGCACCUGUGCGAUCAGGACUGUCAGCUGUUUUCUCCCCGUUAACCUCCUCCUCCUCAUCAUCAUCAUCUUCAUCAUCUUCAUCCCCCUGACUGAGGACUGUCCGGACCUGCAGAGCUGAGCUGGCCCUGAGCUUCCUGUUAGUCUCAGCUGAGGCUGCAGGAGUGACUUUCCUCUUAUGGCCACUAGGUGGCUGCAGGCCGCCUGUGAACGGUGAGAACACGAGUACGCUGCGCCCAUCAGACCCUGUUUUUUUUUUGUUGUUGUUUUGACUUUAACUCUCUCUGUUUUGAUCACAUGAUCCGUGUUUUUUUCACUCGUCUGUUUUUGGACCGGACUAACGGGCUGAGAGUCGAUUCUGGUCUCUUUGUCUGUGCAGACGGGGUUUCUGGGUAAUUUCUCCUCAUAUUAACAUUAACAUUCAGAGAGUAGAUCUGAGUUUUUUACCGUGUCUUUGUUAAGUUUUAUUUUUUAUUCCAGUUCACCUUUAAAGCCAUCUCUUUCUUUCUUUCUCUCGCUCCGCUGAGCUUUGAAGCGAUCCUUCGUUCUCUUAAUCCCUCCUGAAUCUGUCCGGUGGCGGUCUGGACUCUUUCUUUGGUUCUUACCUUUAAGAGUUUUUGUGAAUCUCUGAUUUUUUAUUGUCUGUUAUUGUCGCUGUAAUAAAACGCCUCACAGAUGAAA